AUGUCCGUUUCCGGCAAAGAGGAUGUGUACGAAAGUGAGGAUUUGCCCGAAUCGGAGCAAUUCAUCAGCAGGUUUUCUGCGAGAACAAUUGAGGAGCCAAGCGAUCGAGAGAACAUAGAACUGAUCCAUAUAGAUGUUGAUGCAGCUCGGAAGCGAUUCAAAGAUCAUACCUUAAAUAUCCGUGGUAUAGAUUUCUCCGAUUCAAUUGCCAAGAAACGAGGAAAGUCGUAUGGGAGUUCCAUGUAUGUGCUUGAAGUUGUGGGCAAAGAAUAUGAUGAACCUGAAACGAUAGAGCAGAAGUACAAUAGAUUAUCAUGCGAGAUUGAUGAGUUGGCAAAGCAGCUACAGGAGAAUGCUGUGAAGCCUACUCUCUUGGUUAAUGAUUCAUCAGUUGCUGAGCUUGCAGAUGAAUUGAAGGCCGUAAAAGUGUCGAAAUCGUCAGGUAAUCUUCCCAAGAAUAAAGACAAGAAAACGCCUUCGGUUAAUGCUGACACCUCGGAAAGUGGGAAGCUCUUGUCGCUGGAACAACGCUUACGUAGAAUCGAGUCUUUAAUAGGGUCGGUGGACACAGUUCAUCAACCUGUUGCAGAUUCUAUUGAAGACAUUAGAUUCCGUUUGGAAGCCUUGAAUCCUUCCUAUAUCGAUGGAAUAGAAUCGAAGUUAAAUGCGUUGUUGUCAAAGCUUGACCAGGUUGAUGAUAAAAGACGUAAAGUUCUCGACGAUGAAAUGGAAACAAAAGUCAAUGAGUUGUUGGAACUUAUGACUAAGUGGGAUGUUGCUUGUGCUGCAAUGCCUAUCAACAUAAAAAGGCUGCAGGGACUACAUCGACUCCAUGAGCAAGCUCAACAUUUCUCGGAAAGACUAGCGCAGCUAGUUGGAGUUCGUGACCAGAUAGAAAAAGCUAUUGCUGCUGAUCGCAUGGCAAUGUGUGAGCUGCAGGUGAAAGCCAAAGAGGAUAUCACGGCCGUUCUUCGUCAGAUCACUAAUCUUGAAGAACGACUCAAAAAACUCGGGAAAUGA